CUGUGUUCCCACAAUAACUUUCUCAAGCGUAUCCACACGUUGCUGUAUGAAAGCUCUCAGCCGUAUUUACUUGUAACAUCUUCUCUAGAUUCUCCACGUUGGACCGUCGUUGCGUUGCCCCCUCUGCAUCCUCAACAUCCGUGUCAUUCAAAGCGAUAUGGACUACCAGAAGAUAGCGAGUGACGUUUACAAACUUGCAGAGUCAGAUGAACCCAUGGCACUCCUUGUAAGAGAGGCCUUGCAGGUCAUCGAGCAAUGUCUGGAUCAAUAUGGGCAAGACCACGUAUCUCUGAGUUUCAACGGCGGGAAGGAUUGCACCGUCCUACUCCAUCUGUAUGCUGCGGUUCUCACCAGAAAGGUGUUGUCCACGCAUAAGCCUAUAUUUGCAUUAUACAUUCCAGACCCAUCACCAUUCCCUGCACUGGAGGAAUUUAUCAAGAUAGCUACGCAAGACUACCGCCUCAAUCUUUACACGUGCAACCUAUCCUCGGACAUUCAGUUGCCUGUGGAAAGUGUGACGCCCGGUGUGUCGACCCCAACAUCACUUAAGGGGAGCAAUGGCUACAUAGGACAUAGCCUCCAGACUCAGCCUGUCGGAGCGGCUAGGGGUGGUGAAGGGAUGCGGCGAGCCCUAGAGUUGUACAAAUUACGUUUCCCGGAUAUUCAAGCGAUUUUGGUGGGCACCCGACGUACGGACCCCCAUGGAACAACGCUAUCAUACAGAAAUGUGACGGAUCCGGGAUGGCCCGCCUUCGAACGAGUAAACCCAAUUAUCAAUUGGGCAUACUCAGAUGUCUGGACAUUCCUAAGAAAACUCAAUGUUCCGUACUGCACAUUGUAUGACGAAGGUUACACAUCUCUGGGAUCCACAUAUAAUACAUUUCCAAAUCCAGCCCUGCUUGUAACGGAUUCUGAUUCGUCCAACACUCUUCCUUCUCCACUCACAACUGUUGCAAACAAUCCAAAUGCCAUGUGUCUUGUUGAACCAACUCCACCGAAGUCGUUUAUGAAUGGCUUCGGUCCUUUUACGAUCAUUGCCAAUAACCCCGAUCAGACAUGCUUUGCCGACCCUGUCUUUGAUUUGAGGGAGACAAAGUCACUUAGGAGCUCUAUCGAAACACUAGGACCUUUCCAGGUUCUGGCUAGUGAUCCAAAUGCUCAAUGCCAUGUCGAGGAUGGUAGGAGUGCCAAUGAUGUCAGCCUCCCACCACAGUAUCGGCCCGCGUAUGAGCUACAGGAUGGAGCCCUUGAGCGUGCUGGGCGAGUUUCGGGUGCUAUCCCACCUGUGAUACCACAGAUCUGAUUGCUGUUAUCUGAUACGGACAAUGCGGCGGAUAGAAAUAACAUCAAUAUUUCCAUUACUGUAUUUGACACAGAUCACUUGCAGCUGUAUUCAUUAUUAAUAUUUCCUGGAGCUUGAAGUCUGACCG